AUGUCUGCAGUUGCUGAUUUUGGUUUAAUUGGUUUGGCCGUUAUGGGUCAAAACUUGAUCUUGAACGUCGCUGAUCAUGGAUUUACCGUUGUUGCGUACAACAGAACAACAUCAAAAGUUGAUGAGUUUUUGGCAAAUGAAGCCAAGGGUAAAUCAAUUGUUGGUGCGCACUCUUUGGAAGAAAUGGUGUCUAAAUUGAAAACACCAAGAAAGGUUAUGCUUUUGGUCAAAGCUGGUAAACCUGUUGAUUAUAUUAUCAACGAUUUGGUUCCUUUGUUGGACAAGGGCGAUAUCAUCAUUGACGGUGGUAACUCACAUUUCCCAGAUUCCAAUAGACGUUUCGAUGAAUUGUCCAAGAAGGGAAUUCUAUUCGUUGGUUCCGGUGUUUCUGGUGGUGAAGAUGGUGCCCGUUUCGGUCCCUCUUUGAUGCCAGGUGGUGCUGCUGAAGCUUGGCCAGCUAUCAAACCAAUUUUCCAAGCCAUUUCUGCUAAGUCAGAUGGUGAGCCAUGUUGUGACUGGGUUGGUCCUGCUGGAUCGGGUCAUUACGUCAAGAUGGUCCACAACGGUAUUGAAUAUGGUGAUAUGCAAAUGAUUUGUGAAACCUAUGACAUCAUGAAGCGUCUUGGUGGUCUCACCGAUGCCGAAAUCAGUGAGGUUUUUACCAAAUGGAAUACCGGUGUAUUAGAUUCAUUCUUAAUUGAAAUCACAAGAGACAUUUUGAAGAAAAACGACACUGAUGGUACUCCAUUAGUUGAAAAGAUUCUAGAUUCUGCUGGUCAAAAGGGUACCGGUAAAUGGACAGCUAUUAAUGCAUUGGAUCUAGGUCAACCAGUCACUUUGAUUGGUGAAGCUGUUUUUGCUCGUUGUUUAUCUGCUUUGAAAUCGGAAAGAACAAGAGCUUCCAAGAUUCUUCCUGGUCCAAAGAUUCCAAGCGGUGUUGUCAAGGACAAACAAAAAUUUGUUGACGACUUAGAACAAGCUCUUUAUGCCUCAAAGAUUAUUUCUUACGCUCAAGGUUUCAUGUUGAUUCGUGAAGCUGGUAAAGAAUACGGCUGGAAAUUGAACAACCCUGCUAUUGCUUUGAUGUGGAGAGGUGGUUGUAUCAUCAGAUCAGCCUUCUUGGGUGAAAUCACCAAUGCUUACAGACAAAACCCGGACCUAGAAAAUUUGUUAUUCCACAAAUUUUUCACUGAAGCUGUUACAAAAGCUCAAUCUGGCUGGAGAAAAACUGUAUCUAUUGCUACCGAAUAUGGUAUUCCAGCUCCAGCUCUUUCAACCGCUUUAGCAUUUUACGACGGUUACAGAUCUGAAAGAUUACCAGCCAACUUGUUGCAAGCUCAAAGAGAUUACUUUGGUGCUCACACUUUCAAAGUCUUGCCAGAAUUCGCGAGUGCAACUUUACCAGAAGGUAAAGACAUUCAUAUCAACUGGACCGGUCAUGGUGGUAACAUUUCCGCUUCUACCUAUGAUGCUUAG